AAUUAGAAAUGGGUUUUUGCUUCCUAUACAUAGAGUGCUAGUUAGAUUUUUAGAGCGCUCACGCUCUCUGUGCUUUCAAUUAUUGUAUCAAGUUCAGUGGAGAUGUGUCUUUUUAUUGUACAUAUCUAAAUCUAAAAAGCAUGAUUGAUAUCUUCUUUUGCACUCUGUAAAUAUGCAUCUAUGCUUAUUAUCUCUACCUGUUCCCAGGCGGCACACACCGUAUUUUGGACAACCUGACUACCGCGUGUAUGAACUGAACAAGAGACUGCAGCAAAGGACGGAGGAAAGUGAUAACCUUUGGUGGGAUGCAUUUGCAACAGAAUUUUUUGAAGAUGAUGCAUCUUUAACGCUUGCGUUCUGUUUAGAAGAUGGACCUAAAAGAUAUACGAUAGGAAGGACGUUAAUACCAAGGUAUUUUAGAAGUAUAUUUGAAGGAGGUGUAACAGAAUUGUACUAUAAUAUGAGACAUCCAAAGGAGUCUUUCCAUAACACGAGUAUUACGCUAGACUGUGAUCAAUGCACUAUGGUUACGCACCAUGGCAAGCCAUUAUUUACUAAGGUACUAUGCAACUUGCAAAUAAAUGUUAACAAGCUAACAUCUUUUGUUUUAAAGGUGUGUACAGAGGGCCGGUUAAUAUUAGAAUUUACCUUUGACGAUUUGAUGAGGAUAAAGUCGUGGCAUUUUACUGUGAGGACUCAUCGAGAAUUAAUACCUAGAUCUGUGGUAGGGAUGCAUUCACAGCAGGAUCCUAGUAUGUUAGAUCAAUUAUCGAAAAACAUCACUAGACAAGGAAUUACAAAUUCAACUCUCAACUACUUAAGGCUGUGUGUGAUAUUGGAACCAAUGCAAGAGCUGAUGUCGAGGCAUAAAGCUUACGCUUUAAGCCCUAGGGAUUGUUUGAAGACCACGCUAUUUCAAAAGUGGCAGAGGAUGGUUGCCCCGCCGGGUAAGAGAGAAUCUCAACGACCAGCAAAUAAGAGACGGAAACGCAAAGGUUCAAAUUCAGGAGGAGCGCCAAACAACGCGCCGCCGGUUCCUAAUAAGAAAAGAUCGCCUGGACCCAACUUUUCACUAGCUUCACAGGAUGUCAUGGUCGUCGGCGAACCAUCAUUGAUGGGAGGGGAGUUUGGUGACGAGGACGAGCGGCUAAUUACUCGUUUAGAAAAUACACAGUACGACGCCGCAAACUCGUUAGAUCAUGAAAACCAUGGGUUUCAUGGAUCGGAAUCUCCAAUGCCGGGUGCUAACUCGUGGGGCAGUGGUAGUGUGAGUGAUAGAGGACCCGGGGUUGGCCCCUCGCAGGGCAAUCCUCCCUCUAGUCAAGACUCUGAUAAAAAAUCUCCUGCAGUGAGUCAGUGAUGAUAGUUCAGUUUUAAUUCGAAUCUCUCAGUCAGUAUUUGCUGUUACAAGUGCGACAGUGUAAAUCAAUAAGACGAUGUUGCGUUGUUCAUUUUGUAAUUUUAUUAUAUAAAGAAGAACCGUUUAUCAAUUUACUUUAGUGCAAAAAUUGUUAAGAAUGGAUAAACAAAAGUGACUUUGUAUCCAACUGUUGUAGUAUAAUUAAGUAACAGCGAACUUAGAAGUGGAGUGCUAAUUACAGACUAAACGGACUCAUUGCACAAAUAGAGUGCAAUUCUUAUACGGUUCAUUUUUGAACCACCUACCAUAGGUACCUCUACAGAGUGAAUGUUUUCCAGUGAAGCAGCUCAGUUGUCUAGUAGAUUAAAAAAAUCACAAUAUCUGUUGGUUGUCUUCUAAAUUUGUGAACACAGUUACGUUAAAUUAGCGGUGCAUAUAUCACACAUUUGAAGCUUGCCUUUGUUACUACUUGGUGAACUAUAUACAUAGUAGCACAUUUUUUCUUAAAGGCGCCACUUACUGGUAUAAAAUUGUAAAAAGCUAAUGAUUUGACUUUUUGGUAUAAGAUGGAGUAUUCAAAAUUUUUAAAAAUUUAGAAUUGGGCGUGGUGCUGGCCACUAUGCUACCAUCAUUGACUUUUGAGUUUUAUACUAAAUCAUUUAUAUACUUUAUUUUCAUUUUAAAUGUGCAGCUUACUUACGACGCAAUUAUUGCUAUAAAAAAUAUGGGAUACGAUUUUUAUUUAUGUAGUUAAAUGAGUAGUAAUUUAUUUUUAUGUUAGGGUAUCGAUUUUUUCAUUCUUAUAUACCUUAUCUCAUAUUUUGUGCAAAUGUUCCAGCCAUCCUUUGUUAAAAGUUGUUACGAUAAUAUUAUUUAUUUCAUUCUCAAGAUCUGUGUUAGGCGAUAUUUAUUUAAUACAUGUAUUGUACAAAUAAAAAGCUUCUGAAAUGAAAAUUUGUUGUGGAUGAAGAUUAUGUUUAUUACAUUAAAUGUAUAUUUUUUAAUGGAGUGUGUUCAAAAGUAAUUGUAAAUUUCCAUAGUGAAUCAAUUUUAAUUUAUAUUUAAAAUUCGACUUUCGUAUGUACGUACCUUAAUUAAAGAACUCUUUGUGCGAAACUUGUGAAAAUGAUUGACCAACUAUUGUAGAACAAUGGUGACACACUUUUAACAUUUUGACCUAUUACACAGCGGAAACUGUAUUUGUUCUUGUAAACUAUUUUUCCAGUGCAAUUUACUGUAGUUUUGUAAGAAUCACUUGGAACUAUGUGUAUAGGUCAAUAAGUACCUGAUGCUUGACUAAAUGCAUGUCUUCCGUAUUUUACGUGCGCCAGUUUUAAGUUGCAAAUUUGAUAGAAUUUUAUCAUGUAAAAGUUCCUAUUGAGUUAUAAAAUGCAUUAAGUCAUGUAAAUUGGCAAGCUUCUUAAUAUCAAACUAAAUUGCGAAAAAAAAUGGCUUUUCGCAUAUGAUGGCCAUUAGGAUCAAUUUUGUAUAGAAAAUAAAAUGUAUAACAUACCUAACAGUAAUGUCCGUUCAUGACAAUGUAACAGUGAUUAACAUCCCUUUGUGAUGAAUUUUAUAUGAGCGUUUGUACACGAAUGCAUUUGGCAUUUCUUUUAAUGCGUUACGGUGUGACUGCAAUUCCUAUCUUGGUGUUGGAAUGAAAGUUUUAAUUGUAAGAGUAAAAAAAUAAAUUUGGGACUUGCAGUAUUUCGAAACAUUAUUUUCUACUGUGUUGUGUAUUUUUACAUUUUUUUUGUCUGUAGUUGUGUGUGUGUCCUCCAAUCAAACCAUUUUAAUUUAAUUUUACUACUCUGUAAUCUCUCAGAUGUAUGAAAAUCUGUACUCGGUACAGCACUUACUGCAACGUCACAAUACAACAUAUUACAAAAUA